AUGGACCUUGGAGUGACCCAUCGUCAACGCCACAACCCUGUUGACAGCAUCUGUCGUAAGCUGCAGACCAUCCAGCGGCACGACCGUGAGGUUAACCCCUCCUCGCCCUUCCAGAUUCCAAAGUUCACGUCCAGCAGCUACGACAGCCCCCAGUCCAGCCUGCGCCGUAACCUGGAAGUCAUCCUGAAGAAGCGCGAGAGGGAGGGGCUGUUAACCCCCAAGGGUUCACCCCAGCUUCCCAGGAGCUCCCACUGUCCCAACCCCACCCCUAUCAAUCCCACCAUGAACCCCCCAACCCAGGUCAAUGCUACAUUUACCAUGAAGAGUAAUCCUGGGGAGUGGAGGGGGGUGGGGUUAGGAGGGCAGAGGAACUGCUCCACCCCAGCUGUCCAGACUGGAGACACUUUUUUCAGCUUCUCUCAUGGUCACCAGUUUACUCAGCCUGAGGCGGGGACAGGGUCUGAUGGCAGCGAGAGGCACAGGACCCCAUCUCUGACUCGCCCACCUGCACAGAGCCUGCUGUCCUACAACCUCAACUUCUGCUCAUCGGACUCCACGGCCAACCCGCUGCAGUGUGAGCUGCCUUACCCGGCCCUGGUUGUCAAGAGACUGUCCAUGGGAGACGGAGCCAUGUCCUCUGAGAACCGGAAGGAGACGAUGACUGAGGUCAGUCUGAUCUGUGAAGAGGAUUUACUAGACACCAUUUUCCAUGUUUGUGACACCCAGCGCAGAGGUAAGGUGUACGUGUCUCGUAUCGUGGACUACCUGCGUCACACCACCAGCCGGGGUUCUGAGGACAGUGGGCUGGAGGACCUGUGUAAUAUGCUGGACCCAGAGCACAAAGAUGUCUCCAUAGACCUGGACACCUACCACGCCAUCAUGAAGGAGUGGAUCGAUGACUGCAGAAAGAAUGGGGACGACACACCAGAGGACCUAACUCAAGAGUCUGUCAGACUCCGAGACAGCCUGUCAGCUAAGAGGUCUGUCCUGCUGAACAUGACCUCAGGUAGUCUGGAGGCAUUUGGAGGGGAGGUGUCACGAACAGAUCUUGAGACGUCAGACCUGGUGUUCUGUGUAACCGACCUGCAGUUCAGUAACCAGAAGCUUCAGGAGGAGGUGAGGAAGCUGAAGCAGAAUGUGGAGACCAUGGAGGAUCAUAACCAGAAACUAGCAGAGGAGAACGAGGAGCUCAAGUCACAGGCCAGACUAGGCCAGCAGCUGGCCCAGAAGGAGAAGAUGUUGAAGGAUGAGGUGGAGGAGAUGAAGAUGAGUCUGAGCUGUACAGAGGAGGGCAGAGCCAGGGCCUCGGCUCAGACCAAACAUAUGGAGAGAGAGAACCAGAGUCUGAUUGCCAAGAUAAGCUGUCUUCAGGAUGAGAACAUCAAGGUCACCAUGGAGAUGGAUGACCUCCAGAAGAGGAUGAUUGAACUGUGUGACCUAAACGCUGAGCUGCAGGUCCAUAACCAUUCCUUUGAUGCUGUCGUGAGUGAAAAGGAAUCCCUCAUACUCCAGAAGUGCAGACAGAUUGAGGAGCUGAUGGCUACAGUGAUGGAGUACUCAUCAGUCACAGAGCUGUUGAGAGCAGACAAGACCAAGCUGGAGAGCCAGAUACACAUGAUGCCGCCAGACAUGGCAGUUGCAGGUCUCUCCCUGUCGGUGGCGUACAGGUUGAACCACAGCACUUCAGGAUCCCUGCAGACAGAACUGGCCCUUGCUCAAACACCUCCGGAGGGUGCGGCGUGUGUGUCGCCACAGAGCUUUGCAUCUGUGCUAGAUGAGUCUCUGGACAGGGAGGUGUUAGUGCUCCUGCAGGGCCCCACACCUGACCAGAUGUCACCGGAGUUCAAGAGCCUCAUCAACAAACUGAAGAGAGAUUUUAAGGACGAGGGCCUCUCCAUCUUGUCAACACUCAGAGGACUCAUGCACCACUAUGGCGGACCAGGGGCUAGUAAAGACCCCAGACUGCAGGCGGUGCAGUCUGAGCUGGAUCAGAGGAGGACUGAGUGGGGCCUCAGCCUGGAGCAGUUGGACCAGUACACCGACUCCCUGGAGAACAAACUGAUCAAGAUGGCCAGCAGCAUAAGGAAGUCCCGCACUGAGAUACUACACCUGUCAGUCAGGGUUCAGGAGCAGGAGAAUCAGAAGCGGCAGCUGCGUGAAGAGUUGGACCGGCUAAAUACCCCGGGGGACAGCAGGGAGGCCAGCUGCCAGACCCCCGACGAGGACACACUGGCUGGGGAAGACCUGGACUGGGACGAGGAGUUUGUCCUCCAAGACUUCCUGAAGAACGAGGGGGUGGAGACGUACAGGGACUUCAAGAGUCAGGAGAAGGGCCCGACGGAGGAGGACAGACUGACGGAGAGGGGGGACCAGCCUGGAGAGGGGGAGGUUGGGGAGAGGUGGACCGUGGUGGGGGGAGAGGGACCAGAGGGGGGAAUGAGGGGGAUCUCCCUUCUCUCUCCUCUCUCGGAGCAAAGUGAACCCGACCAGACGGAGGGAGAGGAUCUGAGAGAAACCACAGCGGCAACAGACAGUGACCAGAGGGUGAACAGUCUAUCCCCACAGGGUGUUAAAUUACCAGAAUGCUUUGGGCCUGAGGACGCCCACCAGCAUGCUGUUGACACCGAGGAGCAUCCACUCCUUCCCUCCCACUCUUCUCUAUCGGAUGCAAUGAGCCCUAACACCAUAGUGCCCCUUCUUCAAGACACACCUCAGCCUGGCUCACCAGAACACGACAGGGCCAUCACUGCUGGGAACAGUCCACCCCCCAGGCUGGCUGAGAUGGUAUCUCCCAGCUGCACUUACCCUGUGAUGAAUGAGACCAUUUUACUGACUUGCAGCUCCCAGCAGACAGACGGCAGUGAAAGAGGAAAAGGAGAAGACAUCACCACCUCGACCAAUAUGAGUGACACACAGAAGAUAACCAAGGACCAGCUGGCGGAGAGAGUGCUAGCAGAGGACAGCACCAGCCUGUUACCAGUACUAGAGGAGGAGGAGGACACACAGGAGUCAGUGGUGCAGGUGCCUACAGUGGAAGUGGACUUGUCAGGGACAGUCAGUCUGGCAGGGGACAGAGGCUCUCCGACCAUGGAUGGACUGAGUGUUGCGCCCACUGACCCAUCACAGGGUCCAAAGGAUGCUACCACACCUGACCCUUCAGGAGCCAAAAUUGACUCCCUGGUUCUCAGGAGCAAGUUCAAGAAGGAACUGGAGCUGUCUCGCAGUAUGGAUGUCAUCGAGGAAGGGAAGGUACAAGAGGACCUGAGUGAAACCAGUGUUACCACCGAGAAGGACAUUGAAGCCUCUGUUUCUGAGGACUCAACCAUAGGGGACAGAAGCAGCCUGUCCCCUAACGGCAAGGAGAUUGAGGUAGUGACUGAGUUCCAGCGCCUGUCCCUGGGCUUUAAGUGUGACAUGUUCACCCUGGAGAAGAGGCUGAGGCUGGAGGAAAGGUCACGAGACCUGGCAGAGGAGAAUGUCCGGAGGGAGGUGUCCAGUUGCCAGGGACUAUUACAGGCCCUGGCCCCUCUGUGUGAGGAUGAUAACCAGUCUAUGGAGAUCAUCCAGAGACUUCAGAAGAACCUGGACAUCCUCAUCCAGUCCAUGACCAGAGUGUCCAGUCGCUCAGAGAUGCUGGGCGCCAUACACCAGGAGUCUCGUACAGGCACGGCAGUAGAGAUAAUGGUCCAGCAUGUAGAGAACCUGAGGAGGAUGUACACUAAGGAACACGCUGAGCUCACUGAGCUGAGGGAGAACAUGCUGCAGAACGAGAGGUCCUUCGGAUCCCACUCAGGAGGAACACACUCGGAUGAUUUCAGAGGCAAGAAACCAUCUGGAGCAACAUCCUAUAAGGCAUCAGCCCGACGGGUCAGCAUAGCAGCUAUCCCCCGGUCCGGUGGGGGAGGGGGACCCAUGCAUUUUGACAUGCCUAAUAAACCACAGGACACUGAGGCAGAGAGACUCACCCGCAGAUCUCCCUGGAAUGUGACGGGGAAGAGCACGGCGCGUCCUCCUCUAAAACGCUUUGUUAGCUCCGGGGCUUGGAUUGAGACUGACGAGCCCUCCCUCGUGAUGCUGAUGAAGGGGCCUGCCUACGACGCAGACUCUCCUUCAGAUGAGGAGAGGAGGGAAGUUCCCGUUCAGAGGAAGUCCAGUCUCACUGAGCUGGGCAACAAAAUCACCUCCCUGAUUAUGCCCAACAAGACUCCCAUCCUGGCAGAGCAGGCCGCAGCAGCCCCGUGUUUGGGCUACUCCUCCCGGCCUGCGUCUGCAGCCAGCGUGUCCCGGGGACUGUGGCUUUGGCUGGCCCUAGUAGUGGUCCUAGCAGGCCUUCUGGCCCUCCUAGCCAGCCUGGUGCUGCAGCCGGCCGUGGAUGGAGCGCCCGUGGGGACCGGGGACUCCUGGGUGACCAUCCAGCAGCUCCUGUGGCCCUACACAGGGCUGAGGCACAACGGACAGCCACCGGUUUAGAGGGGCUGUGGCCCCAACAGACGGGGAUGGACUGGUAGGCACCUGGGUAUGGUCAACCCCUGGAAGGUCUUCUGCAACUUGAACCAUCACGUGUGAUAGACUAGUUAGUGUGUGAAGACAGAAGCAGUCGGUGUUUGUACUGGGGCUACUGAACACUGACCACAGAUUUCCUAUUGGUGCCCGGAGACAUUCUACAGCGCCGUUACGGAAGGGGGAUUGUAAUGUUGCUAUUUGUGGGCACAAUGUUGACCAAUCAAGUCGAGGACACCAGCAUUGGGCUGUCCAAUUAUGUAAUGGACUUCAGCGCAUGCUAUCCAAUCACGUCACACCUUUUUUGAGUAUUUGUUGGUCCAUUAUCCUAUGUGGAUUUAGCCGCUUUUACUUUUUAAAACACAUUUCAUAGUAAACUUCUGAAUCUAUUAUGGUAUUUGUGGUUGCCUGAAACAACAAUUACAACAAUUAAAAUGCAAUUUUUUAAAUGUUUUAAUUUAUCGUUUGACAGCAUUAGUGUUAGGGGAUAUGUGUGUAUCUAUUAUAUUGCGUCUUUGUGUUAUAACCAGCGUUUUGUUACAACUCAUACAAAUGGUUUUUACUCUACUUUAAGUGCUCAUUUAUGAAAUUCAUCCACUUUUGUAUGUUCCAAAGGGGAGUCAAAAUUUACACAAUAAAGGAACUUUAUUCUACAGAAAUAA